AUAUAAUUGAUGAGCAUAUUUGAAUACGUGACUGUUAUGGAAUGCGAGAAAGCUGGACUUCCUAAUGACUUGGAUAUAGAAAAGCUCGAGAACCGGGGUAUUCAACAAGAUGAUAACUAUAGAGAGUUCAUGGGUUGGAUUACAGACGGAGGAUUACGAUACGCAUUUGCCAAGAAAAACGGUAAAGAUGAUUUUUAUCGUAAACAAGUUGAUGAAAAAAGCAGACGAAAAGUUAUAAUCGUCGGUGCCGGAGUGUCAGGUCUAGUGGCAGCUUAUGAACUUGCACAAAUUGGUCAUGAGGUGACUAUUCUUGAAGCACAGACUCAAGUUGGAGGUAGAAUCCAUACGAUCAGAAAAGGUUUUGCACCAGGUCUUUACGGUGAAGGUAAGAAAUACUAGUAGCUAUAACUCUGCAAUAAUAUAACUGUCAAUGACUUGUACAUUGGUUGAAAUGUAA